GGCGAAGUGAGGAGUGAGAGUCAGAAACCCUCUCUAAGGUGGCCGCCCUCUCUCAACUGUCCAAAUCCCAAAAGGGUUUGCUUCCCAGCCGAAAUCAAACUCAAAGGAAAUGUCUUCAGACGAUGAAAAAUCCCCAGUCAAGGCCAUGUCAGUGAAGGAUAGUGAGAAGAAGAAGAAGAAGAGUAGGGAGAAAGACGUUGAUGUGGACAAAGACUACAUGAUCAAGCCCCAGAGCUCGACUCCCUCCCUGGACACCUCUCAGUGGCCUAUUCUUCUCAAGAACUAUGACCGCCUCAAUGUUCGGACUGGACAUUACACACCUCUUCCCUCGGGAUUCUCCCCCCUGAAGCGGCCUCUUGCAGAGUAUAUCAGAUAUGGUGUUCUUAAUCUGGACAAGCCCGCAAACCCCUCUUCCCAUGAGGUUGUUGCUUGGAUUAAACGCAUCCUUCGUGUUGAGAAGACUGGUCAUAGUGGUACCCUUGAUCCUAAGGUUACUGGUAAUCUUAUUGUCUGUAUUGACCGAGCAACACGGCUUGUCAAGUCUCAGCAAGGUGCUGGAAAAGAGUAUGUCUGCGUUGCACGCUUGCAUUCAGCUGUGCCUGAUGUUGCCAAGGUUGCUCGGGCCCUUGAAUCCCUCACUGGUGCUGUGUUUCAGAGGCCACCCUUGAUAUCUGCAGUCAAGAGGCAGCUUAGGAUUAGGACCAUCUAUGAAAGCAAGCUUCUUGAGUUUGACGCUGAAAAGCAUCUGGUUGUUUUCUGGAUUUCAUGUGAGGCAGGUACUUAUGUGCGAACACUGUGCGUGCAUUUGGGCCUGCUUCUUGGUGUGGGAGGGCAUAUGCAAGAGCUUAGGAGGGUUAGGUCUGGGACUAUGGGUGAGAAAGAGAACAUGGUUACCAUGCAUGAUGUCAUGGAUGCUCAAUGGGCCUAUGAUACUAAUAGGGAUGAGAGUUAUUUGAGGAGGGUUAUCAUGCCGCUUGAGGUGCUUCUGACCAGUCAUAAGAGAUUAGUUGUCAAGGACUCAGCAGUGAAUGCCAUUUGCUAUGGUGCCAAGUUGAUGAUUCCUGGGCUGCUGAGGUUUGAGAAUGAAAUUGAGGUAGGAGAGGAAGUUGUGCUUAUGACUACUAAAGGGGAAGCGAUUGCUUUGGGAAUUGCUGAGAUGACCACUGCCGUGAUGGCAACUUGUGAUCAUGGUGUGGUGGCAAAGAUUAAGAGGGUGGUGAUGGAUAGGGAUACUUAUCCUAGGAAGUGGGGAUUGGGACCGAGGGCAUCCAUGAAGAAGAAAUUGAUUGCAGAAGGGAAAUUGGAUAAGCAUGGGAAGCCUACUGAGAAUACCCCUCCAGAAUGGAGCCGGAAUGUGGUUUUACCGACAGGUGGAGAUUCUGUUAUUGCAAGUGCUGCUGCGGGGUCUGCUGCUGCACCAGCUGUUGCCACUGAGCCGACUUCUGUUUCGGAGAAGAAAGAGAAGAAAAAGCGCAAACAAGAGGAAAUCACUGAUAGUCCUAUUCCAGUUCCUGCAAAGAAAAUCAAAGGUGAAGAAGUAGCUGAGCUUGAAGUUGAGAAGACAGAAAAGAAAAAGAAGAAGAAAAAGGAUAAAGACAAUGGUGUUGUGGAUUCUUCAGAUGGGGAGAAGUCAGUGAAGGCGAAGAAGGACAAAGUUAAAGAAGCUGGUUCACCUGCAACUGAAAAGUCCGAAAAGAAGAAAAAGAAGAAAAACAAAGAGGCUGACGCUGCCACUGAUAACGGCAAGGGUGAUGGUGAGGCUGAUAAGAGUGAGAAAAAGAAAAAGAAGAAGAGAAAGGAUAAAUCGGAUGCUGACGAAGAAUAGAUGGAGGGUCUAGUAGUAGUGUCUUUAGUGUAUGCCUCUCUUUCUUUCAUCUACAAUGAGAAUUUUUCCAUCUAACUUUUGGAUUUUCGUAUCUUAUAUAUUGUAAGUUAUUUAUCA